UUUUUAAAUAAUUCGGUGUCAUCAAUAAAAGAAAGAUGUACGCCUACCCACGCUGCACCUUGGUCCGAUCCUUCCCUCACCGAACGUGACAGUAACAUGACUCCUCACCUGGUAUUGAACAGUUUUCAGUUUGUUUACGCCACUGCAAAAAAAAAAAGAAGGAAACGGACUCCUCCUUGUCUCGUGGUGACGUCACGCAAACAAGACUCUGAAACCGGAAGAGGAAAUCACACCGUUAUCUGUGGAUGUUUAUUACAAAUUGAAAGCAACAAAAAAUAUAUAUUUAAAAAGAAUGAAUCCUCCAAUUAUCAACUCUACUAAUUCGGUGACAACUUCUACUAAAAGUAAGUUUCUGAAAAAAGGAAAGCGAGAGGCCGAGCGCUCCGUCAACUGGACAGUGGAAGAGACCCAGGUGUUGCUGUGUGCCUGGAGUGACGAGCGAGUGCAGAAGAGCCUGGCGGAGAAUGUCCGUAACCGCCAUGUUUUCAAACACCUCUCAGCCCGCAUGUGUGACCUGGGCUUCUCACGCAGCCCUCACCAGUGCCGGCUCCGCGUCAAGACCCUCAAGGCCAACUAUGUCAGAGCCAAGCUGCUGAUGAGCGUGGAUGACUCCCAACCCUGCAGUUUCAGGUACUACUCUGAGAUGGAUGCUGUGCUGGGGAGAAAUCGCGCUAUGGAAGGGACUGGAGGAGGGCGGCAUUUUGGAUCUCCUGAAGGCAUAGGAGGAUUAUUAGGAGGGUGCCAUUUUGGGUCUGAAUUGAUCGCAGAAACAGGGCGCUAUUUGGGAUCUGAAGGGAUUGGAAGACUAGGAGGAGGAUGCAAUUUUGUAUCUCCUGAGGGGACGGCAGGACGGAAGUCACGGUAUAUAGUGUCUGAGAUGAAGGUGGAGGAGGACAGGGAGGCAGACGACACAGACGACUACGAGUUCAACGAUGUAGGAAUCACCACUCGGUCACUGGUUGGCCCGGGUGGAAGACGCCAUGAUGCUUUUCUAGAGCACAGCAACGACUAUCAUGAACCUGCUGUUCAUCCAUUGGAGGAUGACCGCAGCUCCAGGUCAACGCCGCCACCACCCCAGCCUGCUUCCCAUUUUUCUCCACCCCCAGACCAUAGCCCCAACCUGGGCAGUGGUAUCACCAUUCCCUCCACCCAGCCCCUAGAGCCUGUGUUGAAGCACUUGGCAGACUGCUUCCAGAGGCUGGUCUCAGAGUCCCGGGGUCUGAUGGUACAGCUGGAGGGCCAGAGGCAGGAGCAGGCUCGCUGGCAGCAGGACUUGCUCUCUCAGUGGCUGGAGAGAGAGGAGAUGAGGCAGAGGGAGGCGGCGGACAGGGAGGACCGGAGGGAGAAGGCCCGUAUGGCGCAUGAGAUCAGGGUACUGACGCUCCUCAGUGGCCUGGCCCAGAACCAGCAGAGACAGAAGCAGACACCACAUCACAGCUGCAGCUGUUGCCACCAGUGUAGCAGGGUGGAGGCGUUAGGUGGGGCUGUUGCCGGGGCCUCGACCAUCACCAGACAUGAUGAUGGAACUGAGGACUGAGACCAGAUGGAAUCAGAGGCCUUAUAGAAGAAAGGGUUGGAUACAGACCUGGGGCACAGACCUGGGGUGUGUGUGUGUGUGAGAACUCCAUGCCUUUCAGAAUGUAUGUUUAACUUCUUGCUGGAGUGUUUGGCCCACAUGAAAUAAAAAAAAUGUGUUUGUUAAUUUGUUAAUUGUUUUUUUUGUUAAUUGUUUAAUUAACUCUGACAUUAAGGGUUAAGUGGUCUGAAAUUCAGUAUUAUUAUUAUAUUAUUAUUAUAUAUUCUCUCAACCUUUUUUUUUUACAAUACAUUUUUAUCAGUGAAGGUGUUCGAUUUGGUUCUCUUCAUCUGGUGUACGGAAACUCAUCUGUUCUGUUUACUUUGCUGACAGUUUUGGUUUCGUUUGCUGCCUAAUGAACACACCCCAAGUAUGUAUGGGUGUUCCUGUUGAAAAGGUCUAUCGGUCUUCUCAGACGCCCUGUUUUAGGAAGUCACUGUCAUCAUCAUUAGGGCUACUGUCAACAUCAUCAUCAGGGCUACUGCAGCAUUUCUCAUGGUAAAUAGACAUGUUGAUGGCUAGUUGAAUAGGCAGGUGGGUGUGAGGGGAGGUUAGCUAUUUACUACAGGGCUGAAACUACUACAAGAAUGAAACGUUGGAGGGUUGAGGUCAACUCACUGUCAACUCGGGCACUCUGGGAGAUGUAUUGGAAAUGUAUUUAUUUAAAUAGGGAAGUUAGUUAAUUUUCAAUGACAGUCUAGUCAGGGGCAGAGUGACAGAUUUGUACCUUGGGGAUUUGAACUUGCAACCUUUCGGUUACUAGUCCAACACUCUAACCACUAGGCUACCCUGCUGCACUGCCACGAAAUCACAAGAGAUUUGACUGAUCUUGUAUUUUUUUUUAACUGAGUGUUUUCCUAUUUGUCCUGAAUUAUUCAUAUUAAAAAGUGACAGUCCAGUC